AUGGAGACACUCAAGUGCAAGACGGUGGAAGGUAUUCUCACCGAGAAGGAUUUCAAGAAGAUAGUGCAUAAUGCGGCGUUGGACGACUGGGAGAUACGCGGUUGCGAUGUCAAUUUGGCCGGGCAAGGCUUAUCCGGGUUUCUGGGAGACCAUUUCAGAAUGGUACUUCAUUUGCAGAAGGGAGAGUUCACGAGGCUACUACACCUAUUUGCCAAGUUCCUGCCUCUGGUGAACAAGCCAAAAGCUCAAUUUAUAAGUGAAUACAACUUCUUCAAGAGGGAGAACCUUUUGUACACGCUGUUUGAGGAAAUGAACGCCGCUGACGAAACAACAUGGUGCCCGAAAGCUUUGAUACACACAGACAGCGUCAUCGUCAUGCCAGACUUAUCUGUAGCAGGGUAUAAGUCCGUCCCGCAUCAUGAAUGUUUGGACUUGAAACACGUGUUAGUCGUCGUAACUUCCUUGGCCAAGUUCCACGCCGGCUUCGCCUGCUACGAAGCCGAUAGGGAUGCCCACAGAGAGAGAUCGAAUAGUUUUUAUGAAGAUUACAAGCAUGUCUUGACGGAAUCUGCCGACUUCGACGCACCCUGGACUACUACUUGGCUACGAGCAGCCGCGAAGUUGACCUACAAUUUCUUGUGUGAAUUCUCACAGAAGGUGGAAAAUGUUGAAGAUCUAGAGGAGAAACUGACGAGGGCAUACACUAAGGCCUGUAAGGAUCUCGCUCCCAAUAAAGACAGCUUGAACGUGAUCAUCCACCGGGAUAUGUGGGUAAACAAUAUCCUUUUUCUACACGAGCAUAACGAGCCGAAGGAUGCGGUGAUUUUGGACUACCAAUGCGCCAGAUACGCACCGCCAGCCUUCGACGUGAUGAUAUUUCUAUACUUGACGACGAGCAAAAAGUUUCGUGGGUGUCACGAGAAGGACGUCUUCAACCAUUACUAUUCAGUGUUCACUCAACACCUAGACGAUACGGUAAAGGGUAAACUUAAGGACUACAACUAUGGAAGAUGGGACUUCUUCGACUGGUGCGAGAGAGCUCGUAUGUUCGCCAUGACGCAGGCGAUGGCCAUAUUUCCCUUCGUCCUCAUGAGCCCGUCGAUGGCUCAAGCGACGUUUGAUAACCCGGACACGUUUAAUAAACUCAUGGACGAAGACAGGAGCCCACCCGUAUUGGCUCAUGCUAGAGAAAGUCCUCACUAUAGGGAAAGACAGUUGGAGGUGAGCGAAGAAUUCUUGGACCGAUACAUUUUGAAACAUUUAUAA